AUGGACGAAAGGGACUCUUCAACGACCAUGACAGCAACCGAUGCCAGCAGAACCGGGCAACAUCCUUGCCGUUGCUCCCUGGCAAGUCGCGCCGAUGCGCAUGACCAAGAAAAUGGCGCAAACCGCUCCUCUGCUUGCGACUCGGGCAAGUGCCCCGAAGCCGAGCCUUCGGGUCAGAAGCCAACGAGGAUGCAGAAACUGCUUCGAGCCGGUCGCGUUGAAGAGAAUGGCAUCCGUCCGUUGCCCGUGGAGGAACGCAGCGAGAGGCGCUUCUUCAACAUUUUCACCAUCUGGUUCUCCAUCAACUCCAACAUUCUGGCCAUACUUUUCGGCAUGCUCGGUCCCUUGGCGUACAACUUGAGCCUGCGCGAUUCGGCAUUGGUCAUCCUCUUCUUCAACCUGCUUGCCACGACCGCACCGGGCAUCCUAGCCACAUUCGGCCCCAAGACAGGCAUGAGGCAGAUGGUCCAUGCUCGCUACAGUUUCGGGCGGUAUCUCGUAUCCGUUCCAGUUCUGCUGAAUCUCGCGACCCUGACCGGUUUCAACGCCAUCAUAUGCGUGGUUGGCGGCCAGUGUCUCUCUGCGAUAUCUUCCGGGUCCGUCACACCCACCGUUGGCAUAAUCAUCAUCUCCAUCUUGUCGCUCGUCAUCUCUUUUGCGGGAUUCAAGGUGCUGCAUAUUUUCGAGACGUAUUCGUUCAUCUCUGCUCUGCUCAGUAUAAUCGUUGCCACGGGUGUGGGUGGAAAUGGGCUCAAAGAACAAGCCGCGCCUUCGGCACCUGCCACUGUGGCCCAAGUCUUGACUUUUGGCAUGAUUGUUGCCGGGUAUCAAAUUCCCUGGGCGGCCAUCGCCAGCGACUUGACGACGUAUUUCGACCCCAAAGUUCCCUCAUGGCGAGUGUUUCAUUACACGUACUGGGGCUUGCUCUGCCCAACAGUCCUGCUCAUGACCCUCGGGGCAGCCAUUGCCGGCGCCUUGCCCAACAACCCUACGUGGCAGGAGGCAAACGACGCGUACGGCAUCGGAGGCGUCCUGGCAGCGAUGCUGAGCGGCGCGGGAGGAUUCGGCAAGUUCGUCGUGGUGCUGCAAGCGCUCUCCUUGCUCGGCAACACUUGCAGCAGCUUCUACGCCAUCACGCUCAACUUCCAAGCCCUCCUUUCCGCGCUUUCCAACGUGCCCCGGUACGUGUUCUCGGUGGUCAUCACGGCCAUCAUCAUCCCGGUGGCCGUAUACGCAUACAGGGACUUUUACGCCAACCUGAACCACUUUGUGGCGCUGAUUGCGUACUGGUCCGCCUCCUUUGUCGGCAUCAUCGUGGCAGAUCAUUUCGUCCUCCGGGGCGGGCGGAUGGCGUCAUACGACGCGUCUGUUUGGAACCAGGGCGACAAGCUGCCCUGGGGUGUUGCAGCGCUCGCCAGCGGCAUCGCGUCCUUUGUGCUAGUCGUACCGUGCAUGAGCGAGGAAUGGUACGUCGGUCCGAUUGCAGCCCAGACGGGCGACAUUGGGUUUGAGGUGGCCAUGGCGCUGAGCGCCCUGGCGUACGUGCCGCUGCGGAUGCUCGAAAGAAGGGUCUCGGGUCGCUAG